GAUCAAGGGGGUUACGACGAUUUCGAGAUGUUGACCGGGGACUCGUCGGCGGUGCCGGCGGUCGUCGACGACAUGUUCGGGCUCGACGAUGGCAUGUCGGCUUUUGGAGAGACCGGUGGUGACCUGGCUUCUGAGCCGGCGUCGAGCAUCUUUCCGGUCAAAUCGCCAGUCCCAAUGAUGAGCUCGAUGCGGGAAGAACCGGAGAAGAUUCGGAAGUGGCGUGAGGAACAGAAAAUUCGCCUUGAAGAGAAAGAUAAAGAAGAGCAAGUACAGAUAGUAAAAUUAAGGGAACAAGCCAAGCGGGAACUAGAAGAAUGGUACAAAUCCCACGACGAGCAAAUAGAGAAGACGAAAGCAUCAAAUAGUGCUGCCCAGCGUACGGCCCACGGGCCGGAUGUGGUCCGCAGAGACUCUUCUUUCAUCGCGCAGUCCUUUUCCAACUAUUCUCCCGCUGAUAAAGAAGAGCAAGUACAGAUAGUAAAAUUAAGGGAACAAGCCAAGCGGGAACUAGAAGAAUGGUACAAAUCCCACGACGAGCAAAUAGAGAAGACGAAAGCAUCAAAUAGAGCUGCAGAGAAGGAGAUUCAAGAGUUGUCUGCGGAAGUUGUCCCGGGCCAGGAGUGGGAGCGGAUCGCGAAGCUGUGCGAGUUCAACCCGAAGAACGCCCGCGGCAGCAAGGACACUUUUGCCCGCCUUUUUUUCGGGCUUCAAAAGCCGCAGUUGUCUGGAGAAAUAAUCGAGUUGUUGAAGCGAAAUGUUUCACAUUGUUGUGAUGACACUGGUUCAGUCGCGGGAAGCCGGGAGAAUUUCGCCUCUUUGUCUGCACCCUCCAAGCUGACGAUAGAGAUCAAUGGCAUCGACGGCAGCGUCGAUGGUUUUUGA